AUGGCUCAAUACCAAUACUCGACCCUUGAACCAACUGAAAAGAAAAUUCGGCUCCUUCUAGUCGAGAGGGGGGAGCGAUACCGGCCUAUUAAAUGCUGGCUCUUUGAUUCUUAUCCUGACGAGGAAAAGGGAGUCUCGUACAAGGCCUUGUCAUAUCCAUGGGUUACGACAGUGAUUGGAUGGACGAUCCAAACUCACACCAUAGACGUGUCUGGGAAUCAGUUCACGGUAACGGAGAACUUAUAUUCAGCCCUGCUCGAAAUUAGAUCUGCGUAUGAAGACGUGAGGCUAUGGGUUGACUCCAUUUGCAUCAAUCAAAACGACAAACAAGAGAAAGGUCACCAAGUCAAGCAAAUGGGGGACAUCUACGAAGGCGCGGAAGAGGUACUCAUCUGGUUGGGUCCCAAAAGCGAUGGGACCACGUCUCUUAUGGAACUGAUCACUUGGGUUGACAGCGAGGCAAAGGAUACCCACGCGCUUGGGGGAGAAGAGGACUGGGUUAGUCUCUGCGGUCGGCUGAUGGAGCGGCGGUUCCAGGAUCCCAACGUCGACACCCUUCCAACACAACGUGAAGCGCUUCAGACGCUUCUCGAGAGACCAUGGUUCAAUCGGGUAUGGAUUCUUCAGGAAUUCGCCAAGGCCAGAAAGGCCACGAUCAUGUGUGGCUCAGGCUCUUGCCCUGCGCGAACAUUUGCCCUGAUGCCCUCGCUGAUGGGGCUGGAAGCCCCUGAGCAUACUCAAGCGGUGCUGGAUAUUAUGCCUCAGAUUCGGAAAAACACCUGGUGGUCUUCACAGAGGACUCUCCAUUCUCUUCUCGUGAAAUUCCGCAAAACCCAAGCCACUCCUGCGCGAGAUAAAAUCUAUGCCUUACUCGGCAUAUCUGAGGAUGCCAACGACUCAGAAAAGUUCUAUCCUUGCUACGAGAAAGACGAUGGCCAGGUUAUCCGAGACACCUUGAGUUUCUUAUUAUUCGGAGAGAUCCUCGAUUCUAACUAUGCCCUUCCCGCAGCCACGCUGUCAGCGCUGUCCCAUCCCAUAUACCUGUUGGCCCAAAGGGUCUUUGACUGGAUCAAGAAGCUGGGGUGGUACUAUGACACCAAGUCGGAGGAGGGGCUGCGAGACGAAGUCUACGCGCCCAAUGUGGUAAUCGACUACCAGUCGCUGACUGGGAAGGAUCCAUGGACGGUGACGGGACCUGAAUGGGCGGCGCAGGCCAUCGGGCUUGUUGAAUCCUUUGAUGCGUGCCAACACAAGUAUGGCCACACGAUUAUCCGACUCCCACAACCCGGAACUGCCCCCCGGCCUGAUCGGGCGACUGCGCUUGCCCAGUGCACAGGAACGAUGGUGAAGAAGAGCGUAAAUGGAGCCCCUCUGUUGCAGGACGGGGGGAGAGCCAUCUUUGAUGUGGUUCGGCUGCCAGAGCUGGAGGCAAAAGGGGAGAACCCGUGGAGAAUUACGCGGCAGGAAGUCGUCUUAGCGAAGCUAGAGGAGAAUAAAGCCCAAGGCCACCCGCCGCAGAAGCGGCAAGCCAAGGAACCGGAGGCCAAGGAUGAAGGCGGUCGCGUAUCUCCCAAGCGAAGACGGCAUAGCCACCAUGAAGAUAUCAAGGGGGCCAAAAGGGAGCCACCCGUCACCGGCAACAUUGAAGAAAUUGCAAAAAGGGUCCUCGAAAAGUACGGCGAGCCUCCUCUGCAGGAUCUCGUAGACGAAAAAUGGCCGGCAAGCCAAAUUGUCAUGACGCACAUUCUCAAUGCGAUGCUCUCGUCGGCUCGCAUCUCCCACGACAUUGCGAAAAGGGCUCUCAAGUAUCUUCUCGAUGCUAAGUAUAACGACCUCGAAGUCCUUCACAAGACGACUUGGCGUCAAAGGGCAGACUUUUUGUCGGAGGCAGGGAUCCUUCCGGGUGACGAGGAAAGUGACGUAGCCCGCGCCAAACUCGCCAUCGAGCUCCGCGAAAUUAAGGGGCUGGGCCCACUUGGAGUAGAAAUCUGCUUGGGAUACAUCCAGGGCUAUUUCCCAAAAGUCGCGCCAUUCCUCGCCACACGGUGUCUCGAGACGGCGAAGAAGAUUGGCAUGGGAGACGAUGUGGACGCCAUUUUUAAGGCUGUCGGAUCGGACCCCGAAUCCAUGGCGAGGAUGGAGGCCGCGCUUACGAGGGUGAGGUUUGAGAAGAGGGAAGGUGAAUUCAGGACCAGGGCUAUGAGUCUAUGA